CUUUUAGAGCCUGUUUGUGACGGGAAGCCCAGCAGCAGAGCAGAGCCCUCUGACAGAACCGACAUCCUCGCCCUGGCUGAUGACCUUCAUUUACCUGUUGCUGCACCUGAAGUUCCCUCCUCACCAAGACAUGAAUUUCCUGCAGACUGGAGCAUUAAAACACGAGCUCUAUUUAUGUCUUCCCAACCUUUUACCUGGGCAGAGCAUUUAAAAGCACAAGAAGAAGCUCAAGGGUUUACUCAGCAUUGCAGAGCUACAGAAGUAAACUUGCCACAGAGCAUAGAGGAACCAAAACUGUCAACGGAACUGCGUUGUGCCUUCCAGCAAAGCCUCGUUUACUGGCUUUACCCCAGCCCCGUUUACUGGCUCCCCCCUUCGCUGCCAUGGCUGCAGCUGUUCCCUCGGAUUGGAGCAGACAGAAGAAUAGUCGGGAAGGCCAGUCCGUGGUCACAGGAUGAAGCCUUGCAACAAAUGCUAAUGAGUGACUGGUCUGUCAGCUUUACUUCUCUCUACAAUCUGCUCAAAGCCAAGCUGUGUCCCUACUUCUAUGUGUGUACCUACCAGUUUACCGUCCUGUUCCGUGCAGCUGGGCUUGCAGGGAGCAAUGUCAUCACUGCUGUCAUUUCUCCCACGACGAGAGGUUUGAGGGAAGCCAUGAGAAAUGAAGGCAUAGAAUUCUCUUUACCUUUGGUAGAAGAAAGUAGAGCCAGAAAACAGAGAAACUCUGAAGUCAAUUUGGAAACAGAAGGUGCUAACGGCCUCGAAGCAGGCAAUGGCAUGGAAGGUGGAGAGGAACCAGCUCCAAGUGAUGAAGAUGAUGAUGAAAGUUUCUCUUGGCUUGAGGAGAUGGGAGUCCAAGACAAGGUUAAGAAACCAGAUGCUAUUUCUAUUAAACUCCGUAAGGAGAAAAAUGAGGUGCAGAUGGAUCACAGGCCGGAAUCCGUUGCAUUAGUGAAGGGAACAAAUACAAUCACCUUGCUAAACUUCCUGAUAAACUGUAAGAGCCUCGUGGCUGUUGCGGGUCCACAAGCAGGGCUUCCACCAACGUUGUUGGCCCCUGUUGCUUUCCGAGGUGGAACAAUGCAAACACUCAAAGCUCGAAGUACAAACGCCAAAGCCAGGGUGCGCUUGGGGUACGAGGAUAUAUUCAGUUUGGAGGUCGUAGGUCCUGUCAUGCCUCAUUCCCUGCAUUUGCUGACGAUGCUGCUCAGGCCUGCGCAGAGGGGAGCAUUCUCUGCCAUGUUACACACGCACGAGCCAACCGCCGUGUUUAACACUGACCUCGACAACGCGAGCCCUGCCUUGAAUAAGGAAACUGUAUGCAGAGAUCUUUCUCAGUAUGGACUGCAUCCUAAGACUGUGGAUCAACUGAGCCAGUGUCCAACACUGGGAAAAUCUUCCAUCCGAUUUCUAGAAAUGAAGGAUUACACCUACACCUGGCAGUCCUAA